GCAGCUAAGGUUUGUUUGAAGGAAGAAAAAAAACAGUAAUGGUGUUGUUCAGUUUUAAUGAGAUGAAGAAGAAGGAGACUUUGAUUGGACUUGUGUUGGGACAGAUCAUCUCCCUUCUCUCUACUUUCAUUAGCUUUACAACCUCUGAGCUCGCCAGAAAAGGGAUCAAUGCUCCAACAUCACAGUCAUUCUUGGGUUAUUUGUUACUGGCGACUGUCUAUGGAAGUAUAAUGCUGUAUCGAAGACCUGUGAUUAAGGCCAAGUGGUAUCACUACUUCCUCCUUACUUUAGUUAAUGUGGAGGCUAACUUUCUAGUUGUAAAGGCUUUUCAGUACACAUCAAUGACAAGUGUCAUGUUACUGGACUGCUGGGCGAUCCCUUGCGUAUUGGUAUUGACCUGGGUUUUUCUAAAGACAAGAUACAGUCUGAUGAAGAUCAGUGGUGUGGCUGUAUGUAUUGUUGGUGUUGUGAUGGUUGUUUUCUCAGACGUACAUGCUGGGGAUCGAUCUGGAGGAAGUAAUCCUGUGAAAGGAGAUCUUCUUGUUAUAGCUGCAGCAACCUUGUAUGCUGUCAUUAAUACUAGCGAGGAGUUCUUUGUGAAGACUGCAGACAGAAUUGAACUCAUGUCUUUUGUGGGUCUUUUUGGUGCAAUCAUUAGUGCAAUUCAGAUAAGCAUAUUUGAACGUGAUGCGCUCAAUGCUAUUCACUGGUCUACUGGGGCUGUUUUACCUUACAUUGGAAUUGCAAUCAGUGUGUUUCUAUUCUACUCUAUACUCACAGUCUUACUCAAGACCAAUGGUACAGCAAUGUUCACACUCUCAUUACUCACAUCAGACAUGUGGGCGGUUUUGAUCCGCAUUUUCGCUUACCAUGAGAAGGUCGAUUGGCUCUAUUACUUGGCAUUUGCUACUACAGCUAUUGGACUGAUAAUAUACACAAUGAAGGAGAAUGAUCAGGAGAGACAAAGAGGUGGAGAAGUGGUAGAUGAACAGAGAAAGCUGUUAGAUGAGGAAAGUGGUGGUUCACUUCGAGACAGCCUUAUAGGUGCUUCCACCUGAACUCAAAGCCUGAGGUUUCAUGUUGUCUAUGUGAGAGAUUAGAUUAUUGUUUCCAGCAAGAAGAAAGGAACUUUUGUAAUCUAUAACAAUU